UUUAGCUGUAGGCUUUCCAGUCAGAACCAGAUAAGGCCCAAACCAGCUUUGCGUCUUUGGCAACCAGUUUGACACCUAACGCGCACUUCUGCACUCUGUCUUCUCAAUUUUCUAAGAAUCAAAGUGAAAUAAAAUAAAAUAAAUCUCUGAACUGCAGUCUACUUCUGAGGGAGGGUUUUGUUAAGGUUUUUGGGCUGCGACACCACUCAGAUUGAAAGAUUGGAAGUAUAUUUAGUGUAAGUUGUUGUGUUUGUCCACAAGAUGGCUGGAAUAUCAGGAUACAGUCGCCUUGCACCUAAGACAAAGAAUCUUGUAGUGGCUGGCGGACUGACUGCCUUUGUUUUUGGGGUAUAUUACUACACUAUGAGGGCUGUUGGAGGUACAGAUGAGCUACAAAUAGCUAUAGAUAAGUUUGAGGAGCAAAAAACCAAGAAAGAGACUGAAGCAAGCAUGCCAUCAAAAGUUUAAUCUUUACAUUUAGCCAUGUAAAGAACAAAGUAAGUGAUGUUUUGGGAGACAUGCAUCACCCCUUUUUUUCUUUCUUUGAAGUCCAACUUCAAGCUAAUUGUUCUACCAGCUCCCUUCUUUCGUUGGUCAAGCAGUUUAGCGAAUUAUAACUCAGUAAGAAUAAAUGUAAAAUGGAGGCCAACCCUUGGUAGUAAUUUGUCCACCAGUUUUUUGUGUGUUUCUGAUGUACUAAACAAUCUUAGAAAGGGGAUCUAUGUGAAAGAUUUUUGACAUAUACCUGUAAUUUGACACUGCUUUUCAUUAUAUGUUAUGAUGUAUGUGUAUUUUAGUGUCA